UCGACACGUGUAACCCUAUCCUUAACAAACCACUUUCGCGUCCCUGCUUCUCAAUCUCUUCUGCACCGCUAUAUAUAAUCCCACAAACCAAACCCAUAAAUCCCCAUCAUCAUCUCUUAAAUUCGAUCAAUUUACACACUUCAAUUCAAUCAGUCUACCUGAAGAAAAAAAAAAAGUGAGAAAACCAUGGCACAGUACGGCAGCGACUACGGGAGGCGGACUGACGAGUACGGCAACCCGAUCAGCGACAGGGACGAGUUCGGAAACCCCAUCCAGCGCGGCGGAGGGGCCGACCAUUACGGCGCCGGCGCCGGCGCCGGUAUGGGGACCGAGCAGUAUGGCACCACCGGCAUGGGCCAUGGAACCGAUCCGUACGGCGGCACCACCCGCCCUGCUGGCGGAGGGAUCGCCACAGGCACUGGAUCUGACCCGUACAGUGGCACCACCCGCCCUACUGCCGGAGGGAUCGCCGGCGGCGGCUUGGGAGGUCACCACCGCCGGUCCGGCAGCUCGAGCAGCUCGUCCUCUGAGGACGACGGGAUGGGCGGGAGGAGAAAGAAGGGGAUCAAGGAAAAGAUAAAGGAAAAGCUCCCCGGCGGUCACAAGGAGGAGCAGCCGGCGGCCACCCAUGCCGGCGCUGGGGCCGGUGGUUAUGGCUACGCGGAAGGUGGGGCCGAGCACCACGAGAAGAAGGGCAUUAUGGACAAGAUUAAGGAGAAGUUGCCGGGCGGUGGCCACCACUAGGCCGUACAUAUACAUAUAUGAUCAAAUAUAGUAUGAAUAAAGUUAGUUUUGUCUUGUGUGGUUUUACUGUGGGAUUUGAGUUCUCGUGUGUAAUAACGUGCCGGUGUCUCGGGUUUGUCCGAGAAGGCAUGUGUGUUGGGUUGUGUUUGGUUUGUUUUGAUUUGUACGCUUUACGUUUGUUUUGACACUUGGAUGUUCUUCCCCCUUUGUCUAUAUAGGGGAGAUGUUAUUGUGCUCUUUUUAAUUUGGUUUAAUACAUAAAUAUUUCUAUGUAUAACGCAAAGAUGUGUUGACAUUAUUAUAAUUUGUGAUUUUUCUUUAAUGAACAUUAAUUAAUAUUUUUAUUGGUUAGGUUUCGGUCAAGCUUGUUAAAUUAGCCAAGCAAGCUAGUUCGUUUACCGGCCCCCAACACAAAAGCAAACAUAACAAGUUCCGGUUUGAUUUUCCUGUUUGUAUUGAGCAAGCACAAACGAGUUUUCA